AUGGAUAAAAUCAAGGCCAAGCAAAAGAAAAUCGAGGAGCAGCAGGCGGGCCGGGUUCCAGAGGCCGCAGCCGCAGGCGGGAGCUGCCGGCCCCGGGAGGGGGCGGAGGGAGUGGUCCAGGACGGCAGCUACAGCCUCUUCGAGACGGACAGUGAGGAGGAGGAGGCGGCCGAGGGCAGUGACGUGGAGGCGCAGGAGCAGCGGCCCAAGCCCAAGACGGCUUUCCAGCUGGCCCACGACGCCUGGACCAACAGCUCGCGCUCCGCCCUGAGGAUGCGGCGGCGGGACGAGGGCUGCAUGGACAGGGCGGACCGGGAGGCGGACGAGGCCCUGCACGGCGGCCCAGGAGGUACCGGCCCCCAGCACGACCGCGGCUGGGCCACUCGCGGUGGCCGCGGAGCCGAGCGCCCGGCGCCCUGCGAGAUGGAGGACGCGGAGGCGGGAGACGAGGACGGGGAGGAGCCCGGGAGCCUGCCGCGGCGGCUGCUCUACAUGGCCCAGUUCUCCUGGGUGCUCGGCAAGGUGCUCCUGGACGACCUCACGGAGACGCUGCACAGCAUGUGCCGGAACCACGCCAACGUGGCCGUGGCCUUCAGGGAGCAGCGGUCAGCCUGGUGGCGCGCAGGGAAGAGGACCAUGUCCGACGGGCCCGCGGGGCUCUGCCCGGCCCUGGCUCGGGACGCCCAGCCCGCGACACCCCUGGGCGGCCAGGAGGGGCCCGAGAGCCCCGCGCCGCCCCCGGCAGGUGUCCAGCUGCUGGACAUGCCGGCCCUGGAAGAGGCGGGCGGACAUGCCCCCACGGAGGAGCUCGAGGAGCCCCUGAAGGACGGAGUAGGGGGCGUCAGGCCCCCGGGCUCCCCUCUGCCCCCCGAGACGCGCAGGCCCGAGCGGGACCUGGAGCUGGAGCACUCGGACCGGUUCUUCCGGCGCCUGCCGCGCCUCAUCCGCCUGGCCAUGGCGCUGUACCAGUUCCUGGAGUCCCGGACGGAGCUGCUGUGCUACUUCGUCAUCAUCCUGAACCACACGCUCUCCGCCUCCAUCCUCUCCAUGGUGCUCCCCAUCCUGUCCUUCCUCUGGGCCAUGCUCUCCAACCCCAGGCCUUCCAGAAGGUUCUGGAUGCUGGCCGUCUACUACACGGAGGCCCCGCAGAGCCUGGGCGUGGCACGGCCCCUUCUCUCUGCCCAGGUCACGGUCUUGGUCAAGUACCUGUCGCAGUUUGGCUUCCUGCCCUGGACCACCAAGCGGUACGCGGGCAUCAGCCGGGAGAAGCCCUACUCCCUGCCCAACAUCGUGGGCAUCGAGAAGAAGGACGGCUACGCGCUCUGCGACCUGCUGCAGCUGCUCGUGCUCUUCUUCCACCGCGCCACCAUGAAGGGCCUGGGGCUGUGGGACCAGAAGCCGCCGGGCAAGGCUUCCGGCAAGGCUAAGAAGAAGAGUCGGCGGCUGGGCAGGAGAGCCGGCAAGGGGACGCCCGAGGGGGACCCCCUCUCGCGGCAGGCGCUGCUGGGCCCCGCCUCCCAGGGGCUGCCCCCCGCUGCCCCCCGCUGGGCCUUCUGGAGGCGGAAGGGACAGCAAGCAGCGGCGAGCAAAGUGGCCCCAGUGGCCCCAGGGCCUGCCCCGGGCCAGAAGCCCAGAAGCCUGUGCCAGCGGCUCCGAAAGUUUCCCCUGCGCCAGAAGCUCAGCCGGAAGAUGCUGAAGAAGCUGCUGAUCAUCAUCAGGAAGAUGCUCACGCGGAGGGCCCUGCAGGUGUACCGCCCCAUCCGCCAGUUCUUCUUCAACCUCACGCACCCGCUGGCCAGCUCCCGCUGCGACGUCUACGCCAUCACGUUCCUGGUGGAGGCGCUCAACUUCGCCAUCGUCCUGCUGGGCUACGAGGCCUUCGGGAAAAAGAUGUCGGCGGAGGACCUGGCGGAGUCGCUGUCGGAGGAGAAGGUCCCCGAGGCCUUCCUGGCCAUGGUGCUCAUCCAGUUCGGCACGAUGGUGGUGGACCGCGCCCUCUACCUGCAGAAGACCCUGUUCGGCAAGUGCCUGUUCCAGGUCAUCCUCGUCGUGGGCACCCACUUCUGGGUCUUCUUCAUCCUGCCGGGCGUCACCGAGAGGAGGUUCAGCCUGAACUGGGUGGCGCAGGUGUGGUACCUGGUGAAGUGCGUCUACUUCGCCCUCUCGGCCUACCAGAUCAAGUGCGGCUACCCCACACGCAUCCUGGGCAACUUCCUCACCAAGGGCUUCAACCUCGUCAACCUCAUGCUGUUCAAGGGUUUCCGCUUCAUCCCCUUCCUGCUGGAGCUGAGGGCGGUCAUCGGCUGGAUGUGGACGGACACCGCCCUGAGCCUGUCCAACUGGAUCUGCCUGGAGGACAUUUAUGCCAACAUCUUCAUCAUGAAGUGCUGGCAGGAGUCGGAGAAGAAAUACCCGCAGCCCCCAGGCCGGAAGAAGAAGAAGGUGGUGAAGUACGGAGUGGGGGGCGUGAUCACCUUCGCCCUGGUGUUCCUCAUGUGGUUCCCCCUGGUCUUCAUGUCCCUGCUGAAGACUGUGGGCGGCGUCACCAACCAGCCCCUGGAGGUGUCCAUCAAGAUCGCCAUCAACGGCUAUGAGACCCUGUUCACCAUGACCUCCCAGCAGCAGAACCUCAUUCCCUUCUCCGAAGCCGCCUACGACCAGCUCACCCAGCAGUACGCGCUGCACUCGUCAGCCAUGCAGUUCCUGGCCAACUACAAGCCGGAGGACAUCGUCCUGGUCAAGAUCAAGAGCCACGCCAGCCUGCUGUGGAGCAUCAGCCCGGCCAACCGGGCCGCCAUGAUCAGGGAGCUGGCGAACACCAGCAUCAUCUACUUCACCACCUCCUGGACCGUGAAGAGGAACGUGUCUCUGGUGGAGAACGUGGAGGCCUCAGGCAAGCACUCGGUGUACUACACCAGCCACGAGACGCGGGACCACCUGGUGCAGAUGCUGACCCACACCAGGAAGGAGCCCGUGAUGCUCCCGGGGCUGAUCCCCAAGGCGCUCAAGACCACUGCGGGGACGGAGGCGAAGCUGGCCAGGCAGCUGCAAGUCUCUCACUCCCAGAGGCCCCAGGACGUGGACCGCCUGGCCUUCUUCCGCAACGCCACCGUGCGGCUGCAGGAGCUCAAGCCCGUGGGCCCCCCGGAGGCCAGCCUGGCGGUGGAGUGGUGGGUGGUCCAGGAGUGGUGGCCGGGCUGUGACCACGGCCGGGGCUGCAGCCGGGACCUGGAGCUGGUCAUCUACAACGACAAAGUCAGCCCCCAGAGCAUGGGCUUCCUGGCGGGAUACGGCAUCGUCGGCCUCUACGUGUCCGUGGUGAUGGUGGCGGCCAAGUUCAUCCGGGAGCACUUCCUGGGGAUCUCGCGCUCCAUCAUGUUCGAGGAGCUGCCGUGCGUGGACCGCAUCUUCCGCCUCUGCACCGACAUCUUCCUGGUGCGGGAGCUGGGCGAGCUGGAGCUGGAGCAGCAGCUCUUCUCCAAGCUCAUCUUCCUCUACCGCUCGCCCGAGACCAUGAUCAAGUGGACCCGCGACCCGCCCGAGCCCCCCGCGCCCGCCCCCCGCCGCCCACUGCCCCCCGAGCCCGGGGCGCCGGGGGAGCCGCGGGACGCAGCCGCGGAGCCCUGA